AUGCAGUGGCAACUGCCGGUCCUUCUGCGCCUGCGCAACAACGCCCUCGUCCAGUCGGGUGACGUGAGCUGCAUCCUGUUCGAGGGCGUCCCCAUGUACUGGUGGCGCGCUCGUGUUGAGCGCAUGCUCAGGGAGGGCUCCUACGAAGGCUACGUCAGGGAGUACAUCCGAGCCUUCAAGCGCACUCCCGAUGACGACAAGGAGUUUGUAGCGAACGUAAGCCGUCGCCUGCAGACCGUGGAGAGGCACUUCUUGGACCACAGGGACGACUUCUUCGAGCGCGAGGGGCUCCUGGAGAAGCUCACCGUCGGCGAGCUCGAGGCCAAGUACACGAGCGAGAUCAGCACCGUGCGUUGGGUCGAUGCUAUCAGCUGGGCAUGGGCGCGUACGGUGAACGAGUCCUACACUGUGUACUUGGCACAUCCGGCGGCCCUGGAACUCUUCAACAGUCUCCUGCUCAACUUCUCGUCGGAGGACGUUGAGCUGUUCAUUGGCUGGCUCGUCAUCCAGACACUCGCACCCUCCGUCAGUCUCAAACUCAGGGACCUGCUGUUCGUCAACACCACCGUCGAACAGGGUCCUUACUCGUGGCUCACCCUAGAGCGCUGCCUGGAGCUCACGAGCUCCUUGUUCGGCGUGUCGGCAUGGAGCCCGCUGCUCCGCGAGCGCGUGACGCUGCAAACGCGCGACGGAGCCGUCCUGUUGCUCGAGGCCAUUGAAAACUCCCUCAAGGCCAGGCUGAAGGAGAGCGACUGGAUGGACGGACAGUCCGUGGACAUCGCGCAGCGUACCAUCGAGAGCAUGAAGAGCGUCGCGGGACAUCCCGCAGAAGUCGAGAGCAACGCCGUGCGAUACGGGCUCUACAAAAAGGUGCCUGACCUGCGGGAGAACUUCUUCGACUCGUGGCAGCAGAUUACAUUGUCUAUCAUCCCCUUGGUGAAGAGAUCGUGGGGCUACGCCGACCUGUACACGUACGAUCCCAUGGGGCACGGAGUGCAUUUCUACGAUGACUCCCACACCUUGGCGAUGCCGGACCAGAACCUGGUGAUGCCAUACUUCCACCAGGCUGCACCCAGAGCCGUCAACAUGGGAGGCCUCGGCGCCCUGGUGGCCAGAGGCUUCAUGCAGGCCUUCGACCGAACCAGCGAGUCCAUCGGAGGUAUCAAUCGCAACUCGUGGUCAGCCAGCACCAAGAAGGCAUUCGAGGACCGGUACGCGUGCGUGGCCCAGGCCUACGGAGAGGACUGGGACGAGCGCAUUGCGCGGCGCCAAUUCGGCGACCUAGCAGCCAUCCAUUCGCUCUACAAGGCCUUCUCGCCGGCUCCGACACUGCGGCGCCGUCUGUACGGCCUCGAGGAGUUCACGCCGGAUCAGACCUUCUUCGUGAGCUUCUGCCACGCGCUGUGCGUCCGAGAUCCCGCCGACAGGGUCGCCAGGGCGCGGUGUAACGUGCCACUCAUGAACCUUCGUUGGUUCUCCGAAGUCUUCGGCUGUCGCAAGAGAGAGCGGAUGAAUCCUUCCAAGAGGUGCGCAUUUUGGUAA